AUGAAGAUCACAGUAAACCUGGGCGGAUACACCACACAGGUCCUGAUAGACUCAGGAGCCCAAGGAAACUUUAUCGCACCCCGAAUAGUGCAACAGCGAGAAAUACCAUGGAAUCAGAAGCAAAACCCUUACCGACUAAGGAAUGUGGAAGGGAAAGAAGUCGAGUAUGGCGGAGGCAGCAUUGAUCAGGAAACAGCGCAACUCCCUUUGCUCUACUAUGGCCAUCAGGAGCUUAUCAGCCUCGACAUCACGGAGAUAGGAAACCACGACGUUAUCCUUGGAAUUCCAUGGCUACGAAGACAUAACCCACAAAUCGAUUGGGUUACCGGCCGAAUAAAAUUCAAUCCAGCCUCUGAGAAGCACUCGACGAAGGCCUCAUGCGGAUUACUAGCAGCAACCAGAGCAAGACUACGCCUGAUGCUAAGGAUAAAAGACAUUGGCACUAGGACGCUAGCAGCCACGACGAUUGACAAAGUCACGGAAGAUCCAAUGUCAAAGAUACCUGUUGAAUACAGGGUCUAUAGCAAACUCUUUGCACCAGAACUCGAGACCGGAUUACCGGAACACAGCAAGUAG